AUGGCCAACCACGUCCUAGAACGCAUAGACAAGACACACCAUGUCUUCGCCGUACCCACCAAAAAGAUCCACGACGGCGCCGAUGUCCAAGCCUUCUUCACAACAAAGGGAUACAGAGAUAUUAUGGCAUUUCUUCUCCAGCUGAAUCGAGCAAUGUUUCCUCGAAAAAUUGACAACACGGUACAAACAUGGCAAUUAACCUCACACGAAGUCGAGUUCUCAGAACCUGUCCGUCGCAUACAGCUAUUGUUAUCGAGACUGCAGGAUAUUAUAGAUGAGGCACCCCCGGACACGGGUCCCAGGCGUUUUGGAAAUAUUAGUUUUCGAAAGUGGUAUCAGAUUGUUGAGGAACGAACUGCGGAGCUCCUCGAUGAAGUUCUGGGGUCGGAUGUUCUUGGGAACUCGCAAGAUUCUUCAUCUGAGAGGAUAACUCCACGGCAAGAGCUGGAAGCCUACUUCCUGGGGAGUUUCGGCAGCGCACAGAGACUUGAUUAUGGCACUGGCCACGAACUGAGCUUUCUGGCUUUCCUGGCUUGUCUAUGGAAAUUAAGUGCUUUUCCAGAUGCAGAUCCUGGUGUGGAAGAAAGGGGUAUUGUGGUUGGGAUCAUAGAGCCAUACUUGGAACUUGUUCGAAACCUCAUAAAGACUUACAACCUGGAGCCUGCAGGAUCACAUGGCGUUUGGGGCCUUGAUGACCACUCUUUCAUACCCUACAUAUUCGGUUCCGCGCAAUAUUCACCUGCUAUCGCCGAAACAGACGAGACUCCGACGGAAGGUUCCUUGCCCGAUGCCCCCGAUCCGUCUUCGGUAGUCAAAGCCAACAUUGUGCAAAGAGAACGAAAAACAAACAUGUAUUUUUCCGCCAUUGGCUUCAUAUACGAUGUGAAAAAGGGGCCGUUUUGGGAGCACAGUCCAAUGCUUUUUGAUAUAUCUGGUGUGAAAGAUGGUUGGGGGAAGAUCAAUAAGGGCAUGAUCAAAAUGUACAAUGCCGAAGUUCUCUCAAAAUUUCCCGUGGUGCAACACUUCCCAUUCGGAUCUCUAUUUAGCUGGGAUCGAGACCCCAAUGCAACUAUUCCUCCUCCCACAAUACAUUCCCGGCAAGCGAAUUCAUCGAUACCCCCACCCUACGUUACACCUCAGUCUGCAGGAACUCGUGCCCCAUGGAGUCAGCCUGGUGCUUCUUUGCCUGGAGCUUCUGCAGCUCCAUGGGCAACAUCAACAGCACGAAAUCCGCAAGCCACUGUGACUGGUGCUUCAUCGACUACACGUAUGCCUGUUUGGACUACAUUACCUGAUGCUUCGAGGAAUCCUCCUGGACCAAUGAGUCCUACUCGAGCACCCUGGUCUAAACCUUCAUGA